AACUUCAAGUGCUGCACUGGCUCUUUCCAUGGCACUGCUCACCAUAGAUCAUGCCAGUUGGAUUUUCUCAUUGGUUUACAAAAAGGAGCAGGAAUUGAAGAUGGCAAAGGUAAUGAAUGCCUCUACUCCGAAAGCAACGCACUUGCUCCCAUCGUCUGCCAUGCAUCCCCCUACUACUGUCACCUCCGAAUCCAGAUUCAUUUCACAAAAUGGGAUGAGAUCAAGUAUGAGCGAUUAGGUAUAUGUGAGCUUGUUGGGUUAGCACCUUUGAGACACUAA